CUCAAAUUCAGUAAAGUUUUCUCUCACUACUCUAUCAGAAAAAUGAGUAAAUUACUAAUUUUGAGUAUUAAAUCAUCCCUCGUACUACUUACUCUCCUUUUUACGGCGUCACAUGGUCAACAUGCCACCCACUGUGAGGCUAUCCGAGACGAUUGUUCAUUCUAUCUGUGUAUAGAGACGAAAUUGCAGUGUGGUCCGUCUGGCUACCCACUCGCAUCCGGGUACAAGUAUUGCGACGCGUUUCUCCAGAAAGCUUCCUCCUUCUCGGAACAGGGGAAGAAUUGGACUAGUGAGGUUCGGUUCUGCUUACAAGAUUCGUUGGUGAAGUCAAGCAUGACCCUCACCCUUUCUAAUGUCGUUUACGACGUGAACAAUUACACAUGUCAACAAUUUGAAAGAAUUGGGUACGAUUCUCACAUCCCCUGCUAUAAUAAGGUUACCCCAAGCAUCUGCAGUUUAACGAAGGAGGACGCAAGCAAUUUCUUGGUGAUUUUAUAUAAAGAGAUUUUCAACGGUGAGUCAUGGAAGGUUGGGUGGUCACAGGCCAAGCGGUGCACCAAGGCGGUGUAUGCUGCAAUGGUGGAAAAAAUUGUGGAUAGAGUUAAAUGGUUGGCGGGGUAAAAUUGUAUAUGCUGAAAAUAUUUGAAUAAGAGCAUAUUAUUUAUAAUAAGUGAGUGAAGUACAAAUACAAAGGGAUACAGAAAGAUAAACUGUUGUGACUCCAAUUACUUUUUGACAUCAAUAUCUCGUAAAUCAGGUUAUAUAUUACCAAAAUAAUAUUUAUAUAAAAAUUAAUUUCUAUAAUAUCAAUAUUUCAUAAUGCUUACUUAUAUGUAUGUUGUCAGAUAUGAAAAUAUUAUUUCAUCCAUUUAGUUUCGAAUUUUCAAUUUUGGCAUGCAAACUUACCAAGUUGAAUACUUAAGUGGCUUCUUUCCUGCUUGCACAAGAAGACAAAAUAAUACAAAUUGUAUUGUACAUUU